GUCGACGGCAGUGCGGCGCGGUCGGACGCCAAGCGCGCGCUUCACGUUCGAAUUUCGAACGCUUCCAAAUUUGAAAUACGCGUUCGGAAAUAAUUAGGGUAGGUAAAUAAAUAUAUAUCGAUUUUGACUGAUACCUAAAAUGGAUACUACAUAAAGUGGACGGUGCGAAAAUGUAUUCAAAAGUGAAACUGAAAUAAUCGAACAGUGAAAUAAUGGCGUCCAAAAGGCUCGUUAUCGCUUGGGCGGUCUGGCUCGCGUUGCCCCUGGCAACGGGCCAUCUCAACGUGCUUAUCAGCCAGGCAGAAGUUAUGAAAUUGUUAGGCUUGGACGCGGAACUGUACUACGUGCGCGAGGGCGUGGUGAACACCUACGCCACCGGCUUCAUAGUGCCCGUGCCCGCGCACAUUGCCGACCUGGAGUUCAUGUGGCAGGCACUUGGCAGACGACCGUUGCCGUACGUGAUGGGUAUAGACUACGAGAGCCGGGGCGCCAUGCUGCCGCCGCAAGUCAAUAUCUCCGAGCGGGGCUACGUGCCUACGACACUACAGACCUUUAGGGUUCGAUUACCGUGCACGGGAGCAAGGAGCGCGGAGAUCUUGGUGACGAUGCAGUUAAACAUUUCAGCGCCAGACCGGAUGCAUAAGGAUGUGCGGUUGACUUUUAAAAGGAACAAAAUAUGUUUGAAAGGCCUAUCAACAAUAGUGACACACAACGAAACAGCACGACUAGCCGGGGACGCUAACAGGGGUUCCGGCGGAGUACUCUUCGCAGCUGGAGGCUGUGCCGCGGCGGCGCUGGCCCUGCUGGCGGGCGCCGCCGCGGCGGGCACUCUGUACAAACGAGGAAAUAAGGCCCGCCAUCAUGACUCUAUACAUACGUCAUACACGACGGCAGCUUACGGCAGCCAUCAGAACGUGCUGUUACGUCUAGACACGCUUGGCCGGCCGCCCAGCUCUACGGGCUCCUACGCGACUAUAGCCAGCCUACAUAAGUUCCCCUUCGGGAGUCGGAGAUCACCCUCGCCGUACGCUACGACUCACAUCGGAGAGCACAUCUACGCGAAACCGGAGUCGAGAGUUUCAUACUACGCUGCCUCAAAUCUAACUCACGUUUCACAGCAAACUAUGCCCAAGGAUCGGAUAACAGAUCCAGCAGAACAACUGCGCUACCUAAACACGACGAGAUCUAACAUUCGGCUUGAGAUCCUAGUUCAUGAAGGCACCUUCGGGAGAGUCUAUAAAGGCGUGUUCAAAAGAGGAGACACGUACGAGGAGGUUUUAGUCAAAACCGUUUCUGAAGCAGCAUCAGCGAUGCAAGCAGCAUUACUAGUUGCCGAAGGUCUCCGUCUAUGUGGUUUGGUUCACGCUAAUGUGCUGGCACCGAUGGCCGCUUGCGCUGAAGAAGCUAGAAAGCCUUUACUAGUGUAUUGCUGUGUUUCACAUUCUUCUAAUCUUAAGAGGUUCCUAACAUCAUGUCGCCUAGGCCACCAAGCGGCGCCGGCCACUAGAGAAUUGGUAGAUUUAGGAGCACAAGUUGCUUGCGGUCUGGCAUACUUACACGUACAACGUUUGGUGCAUGCAGAUAUUGCAGCUAGAAAUUGCGUAGUGGAUGAGAAAUUAAGACUGAAGGUAACAGACAAUGGUCUGUCAAGGGAUCUAUUCCCGGAUGAGUAUCACUGUCUCGGUGACAACGAGAACAGACCAGUCAAGUGGAUGGCCCCGGAGUCCCUGCUCCAGAAUCAGUACACGACCGCGUCAGAUGUUUGGUCGUUAGGAAUAACACUAUGGGAACUAGCAACUCUAGGAGCUUCGCCUUUAGCAGAGUUGGAUGCAGCGGAUGUGGGGGCUUUUCUCAAUGGAGGAUACAGACCUUCCCAACCUCAUAACUGUCCAGAUGAACUGUACGGUCUCAUGUCGUGGUGUUGGACAACAUCUCCGUCAGCACGGCCGACGGCUCCUCAGCUAUUAGCUGCUCUUCAUGAUUUUAGACAAACUCUCAGUACUUAUAUUUAAUACUUAGGUUAUCAAGAAGCGCACACUAAACUAUUUCAAGACUAUGAACUUUUAUAACGUAAACUAUUUUCUAAAGUAUUCUUUUCUGAUCUAUAAUAAUUUCUCUCUAUAAUAGGCAAAACGUCUUCUAAAUGCUUUACUAGUUUUCAUUCCUUAUAGAAGAUACCAAUGUGCCUACUGUAUUUUAUUUAACAAACUAUAAUUUUUAAUUUGUUAUAUUUGGACGAUGUAAAGGAGACUACAUUGCAAAACAGAUAUCGGUUACUUAAUUUUAUUGGUAUUCGAUGCAAAACAAUUGAAGCAUACAUCCCCGCUGUUCUCAGAUUUGUGUGUGAAGUUGCGUUACCAUAUAUUCAAAAAGUAAAAAGAAUUUGGUAUUGUGAUCAAAACAGAAUAUUCAAAAAUAAUAAAUCAAUAUUUAAUUCACAUUGAACACUCAAGAUAGUAAAGGCGAAAUAUAAAAAUUGUGAAAAAACACAGGAUGUAUUAAAAAUUAAAGUGAGAUGGUAUUAAAAUAUAAGUAGCAUAACAAAUUAUAUAACGGAUAGCCUAUAAGAUUGAUUAAGAUAGAUAGAAGUGAAAAAUUAUAAUUUUAUAUGUUUCUAUGAAUUCUUAGAAUUCUCCGUACCACCAAGAGAAAAAUAAAUUCAAUUUUUAUAUAAGUCACAGUUCAAAUAAAAUAAUAAGUUUGGAUACUAUGUGCGUACAAAAAAGGAUUCACAAACAUAAGAGUUACAAAAGCUUGAUAUCUGGAAAAAAAGUUUUGAUAAUAAUGCUACAUCCUUUAAAUGAAGAAGUAUAUAUAAAUAUAAUAGAUAGCCAUUAUUUUCUUCCUUUAAGUCGAUUGACAAAAAUCCAAUUUGUAAAUAAAGCCAGAAAAGUUAUUAAUAAUAAUCAUAAUUGGAAAAUUCCCAAAGAAUCUAACAUUUAAGAUAAUAUAAAAUAAAAUAGGUAGGUGUUUAUGAAAUUUAAUCUCUUAUUCGAUUCUAUUUAUGAAUUUUUAGGAGUAAAUGGUAAGGCGACGUUAUAAGAUGUAUAUACAAAGUCGAUGCAAACGGAAUUAAUUUUUGAAGAGAUAAAGUAUUACGGAGUUAAAUGUAAUAGUGUCAAUAUAUUAAUGUUAUUUAUUAAGUUAAUAGUUGUAAGCUAGGUUAGAGUUCCUGAGGACAUUCAGUCCGUCCAGGCCACCAAAAGGAUCAACACCAAAACAGUAGUUAGUCAUGGUUUUAUUGUUUAAUGAAUUGGCCUUGAAGAAUUAUUACAAUAUCAUUCCAAAUUUUGUGAAUUUAAGGCUCAAAGCUGAAAAACGGUUAUACUUAGAUUUAGUCGGUCACAACUGUAUGCAACCAGUUAAGCCAUUCUUCUGCUUUUAGUCUUAACAUAUUUUUUUUUAUAAAUAUUAAGAAUAUGACGUAUUAAAUUAAAUUGAAUAUAAUCCUUCAAGGCCAUUUUCAAUAUUAACCAUGAACAGAAAUAAUUGUCUAUUAACCACAAAUAUAUAGCAUAUUAUAUAAUGUCGUAUUUUACAUAUUUGUGUAAAUGAUUUUUUAAAAAAAUAGUGAAUGUUGUAAAUAUUAUUGUUGUAUAUUAAAUGUAAGUAAAUAUGUAAAGGCAAACGAGGUUUGUAUAAUUGAUGUGCUAUUAAAGCGAUUCAAGAUAUUUCUCUGAAGAAUCAAAAAUAAAAAGUAAGUGAAUACUUUUUUUUACUAAUAAUUUAGAAUAGUAAUCGACUAAGUUCCGAUAAGAACACAGCACUUGUUUCUAAUAAAACACACGGAAUUUCAAAAUUGGAAAUUUAUAUACUAUUGAAUCACAUUAAGAAAAUAAUGUUUAAUUAACAUAACGAUUAAUUCUUUUUCCAAAUGAAGUAAAGGUUGACCUUCACGAAAAUGUAUAUUUACUGACUGACUGU